ACUGGGGGUCAUGUGAUUGAGGUUUAUUAGGGGAGGGAAUGCACCAGCAAGUGAAGGGUCGGCGGUGGGCUCUUAUUAAGACGGCUGGAUGGUAAACAACUGAGGUUGGGCCACUUCGUGUUCUUCCAGUCAUGGAAGAGAUCAGAGCAUCUCCUGAUUACAACUGGUUCAGAAGCACAGUUUCGCUUAAAAGGAUUAUAGUAGACGAUGAUGACAGUAAAGUCUGGUCUCUGUACGACGCAGGACCCAGAAUCGUAAGAUGUCCGAUCAUUUUUCUGCCGCCUGUCAGUGGCACUUCUGAUGUGUUUUUCCAGCAGAUUCUUGCGCUUACCGGAUGGGGUUACCGAGUCAUAUCUCUCCAGUAUCCAGUAUACUGGGAUCUCCUGGAGUUCUGUGAUGGAUUUAGGAAGCUACUGGACCACUUACAGCUGGAUAAGGUGCACUUAUUUGGAGCUUCUUUAGGGGGCUUUCUGGCGCAGAAAUUUGCAGAAUACACACACAAAUCACCCAGAGUGCAUUCUCUUAUUCUGUGCAAUUCCUUCAGCGACACUUCCAUCUUUAACCAGAGCUGGACAGCCAACAGUUUUUGGUUAAUGCCUGCAUUUAUGCUCAAGAAGAUUGUUCUUGGGAAUUUUGCAAGAGGACCAGUGGAUGGGAAAAUGGCAGAUGCUAUUGAUUUUAUGGUUGAUAGGCUGGAGAGUUUGGGUCAGAGUGAACUGGCCUCUCGUCUGACUCUGAACUGCCAGAACUCUUAUGUGGAGCCCCACAAGAUAAAGGAUGUUGCUGUGACAGUUAUGGAUGUGUUUGACCAGAGUGCACUUUCACACGAAGCUAAAGAGGAAAUGUAUAAGCUGUAUCCAAAUGCCAGACGAGCGCACCUUAAAACAGGUGGAAACUUCCCAUACCUUUGCAGGAGUGCGGAAGUUAACAUUUACAUACAAAUUCACUUGCGCCAGUUUCAUGGUACAAGAUAUGCAGCCAUCGAUCCAGCUAUGGUCAGUGCAGAAGAGCUGGAGGUUCAGAAAAUCAGUCUGAACGGUGCCAGGGACAGCGACGAAGAGAAAUAGCAAGUAGAAGUAUCCUGGAAGUGCCAGUCUGUCUGGGAGAGACAAGGCUGGUAGAGCACUGAUAUCCACUGGGCUUUAUCAAGACGUCUACCAAUCAAUAUUCUUUUCAGGAAAGGUAUUCCGUUUUCUAGACUAGUGUUCUAUCUGUUUUUUUAAGAAGAUGAAUACAGUCAUAAAAACAACAGUAUCUAAUAAUGGACCAUAUUUUUACUUUGCAGAAAAAAAAUUUUUUUUAGAAAUUAAAAAACAUUGCUACUGUAAAUACAUUUAACUUGACAAUUAUAUAAUGCCAUUUUUGUAUAUUUUCUUGCCUUCAAUACUGUUUGCAUUUCCUUCUAACUUGCUUUGGUACUCUGUACUUGUUCACGUUUGGCGCUGUUUUUUUUUUUUUUUUUUUUUGCUUUGUUUUGUUUUAAUUAUUUUAUGUUUUUUAAGAUUGCCAGCCUUUGCCAUAAUCGUUGUUUAAAAAAAAAAAAAUCUGAUUUGUCAAUGCACUGACCGAUUUAGCUCAAUUCUUACCUAUGGUUAAGACAAGGAACUUUAGUAAAGAAAAACUGUUUUGAUGCAGUUUUUUUCAGUUGAAAAUGGUUAUUUCAGUAAUUGUUUCAUUAAAAAAAAUGACAAGAUUCUUUGUCUCCGUUUUUUUUUUUUUUUUUAUUACUUUGGUGUUCUUUCCGUGCUGUCCUUUCUGUGCCAUAAACCAAAUCGCAUGUCUUAAAAAAUAAAGACACUGGAAAAUUA